UACAGCACGCACCGGCAGAAAAUUGAUAGGAUGCAAUGGGAGCGGAGUGCUGUGCGCGAGUGAAGAUUGUUGACAGUAGUAAUGAAAAAAGUGAUCCUAUUUAUUAUUCUCACUCAACAGUUAGCUGUGAACCAGUGAAACAAGUCCAUCGUUUUUAUCGUCAGUUUUAGUAUUUUCAUGUGAUGACUACCGAUUUUUUUUCAUAACACUAAGCGGUAAACAGUAGCGGAUGCAGCAAAACGCAGCAACAUGUGUGAGAAUGAACACAACGCGGCUCCACUGUUGUUUGAUUUCGAGUUGCAUGCUGAUUACUGCAUAUCCAGUCUAGCACCCAUCGCCUUCUAAACAUGGGACAUCAAGAUGCAGGUGUUUUCCGACCGAAGGUUGGUCGCACCUUUGUCUUGACAUUGGCAAUGGGUAUACUGUUUGGAUUCAGCUUUGCAUAUAUAUUACUUGCCACAAGCCGUGUGGCAGUGGGUGAAUUGAGCCUUUAUCCAGUUAGCAGGCCAAUGUACUCUCAUGACCCACAUCAUCACAGUGAUUUGGACAAUAUCCAAGGACCAGACAUUGGCUCAUUUGGUGUCCACAGCCACGAAGAAGAGUUUCACAAAGAUGAGGACAAAGUAGCCCGUAAAUUGGCGCAGAAAGUCAGAGUGCUCUGCUGGGUGAUGACUUCACCAAAGAAUCAUAAUCUGAAGGCACGUCAUGUCAAAGCAACUUGGGGACAUCGGUGUAAUAAACUCCUUUUCAUGAGCAGCACCAAUGAUACAUCAUUACCAACUGUUAAGCUCCCAGUGAAAGAGGGUAGAGAUCAUUUAUGGGCCAAAACAAAAGAAGCAUUUCGUUAUGUGUAUAAUCAUCAUCUAAAUGAUGCUGACUGGUUUAUGAAAGCUGAUGAUGACACGUAUGUGAUAGUAGAAAACUUGCGCUACAUGCUGUCUGCUCAUAAACCUACUGACCCAUUGUACUUUGGUUGCCGAUUCAAACCAUAUGUAAAACAGGGUUACAUGAGUGGUGGUGCAGGUUAUGUUCUGAGUCGAGAGGCAGUGAGAUUAUUUGUGGAGGACGGACUUCCAGACAAGAAAAAAUGCCGUCAAGAUCAUGGUGGAGCUGAGGAUGUUGAGAUGGGUAAAUGUCUAGAAGCUGUGGGGGUUAAGGCUGCUGAUUCACGAGAUUCUCUUGGUCGAGGCAGGUUCUUUCCAUUUGUUCCAGAACAUCAUCUUAUUCCUGGACACACUGACAAGAACUUCUGGUACUGGAACUAUAUUUAUUAUGAAUCAAAAGAGGGCCUGGAGUGCUGUUCUGACAGUGCAGUCUCCUUUCACUACGUUUCACCUAAUCACAUGUAUGUGCUUGAAUACCUUAUUUAUCAUCUACGCCCAUAUGGAAUUACUCAUUAUGUGGAAGAGCAGGUUUCUUCAGAUGAGCCCAUAACAGAAAAAGCAUCUGACAGUGAAACAUUAAAACCUACAAAACGUGAAAUCAAAAAUACUCAUUGAGGAAGUGGAGAUUCAUCAAAGGUGAUACAAGAUGUCAGUUUGGAGUUCAAAACAUAUACUUACAGUUACCUGUAAAUGGUUGAAAAGCAUAUGUGGAAGGCCUUGUGAAACCAAGGUUCUUUUAUUUCCUAUGAAUACCUCUGAUACCUGUUAAAGUGAUUUCUUAAGAGUAAGAAAUAACAGAACUUUUUUUACUGUGUUUUCAAUUUUAAGCAAAAAGAAAAAUUUCAGAUGUGACUGAAAUGAAUCACGUUUUAGUGUUCUGAGAUUUUGUAUGUUCCAGGGUUCAGUAUUCUUAAGCCAUAGAUCUGCCAUUAAUAUGAAUGUGUUUAGGUGGUAAUUCAGGAACUGAUUGUAGUUCAGUGUCAUGUUUCAAUUUUUAAUUUUAGCUGUCUUAAUCAGCUUUUGAAGUCUGACUAUGAUACUGAGUUUUUUGCCAGUAAAGAAACUAUUGUGAAAAUUUUGAGUAGUUAAAAAGAGACAGUGUUGACUCCUUGAGAGCUAAUGACUAGUCAUGUUAGAUUUUUGCCAUGGGUGAAUUCAUGCACUCUUCUGUCUGUGAUAAUAAGAAAACGAUUCAUAACACAGUAUUGUUGUGACAAUUUUGUACAAACUAGGUUGCUCAUUAAUGAUUAUUCCUGGGAUGAAAGACUCCAGUCGCUCUGGUGUUUGAGGAGCAACAGUAAAGUAUACUGGUGAAAUUCUUGUGAUCAAUAGAUUUUUGAUUUUGUGGAGAAAGAUUUGUACAUGUAUGUGAGUUUAAUUUGUUUGGUAAUUGAUGUAUGUCCUCUUAGCAGAAAUUGAAGAAUGAGGAAAAUUUGUGGAUUAUUACAGAUGUCUGUGAUUGUGCCAUAUCAGGACUUCUGUAUAGGUUUAAUAGCUUACAUAUCUUAAAUACAACUUUGAAGUUUGUAGUUUCUUUGAUCCUGUGUGCAUUUACUUGUCCUUGAAACAAGCUGAAUUAAAAAACAACUAAAUAAAUAAAAGCAGGGCCCUUGGCCAGCUGUUCUCAUUGUGUACGUUGUUUAAUGGCCACCAUUGUCUAAUUUAAUGCUGGCUAAUGCAUAACUUAAUGUAUACUAUAAAGAGAGUGCACAGUAGUGUAGUGGCUGUAUUUUCAACAAAAACAUUUAGUCUUGUGAUUAAAUUUAUAUACUUUUCCAAUUCUUUUGAUACCACUCAGCACCUAGUAACAAUAUAAGCAUCUUAGGUCAGUUUGCAUAUAAUUUUUUUGGAUAUAAAGCAACUGUGGAAGAAAAGACUGAUAUAUGAUAUUAAUGAGUGAAAUCACACUGUAUUUCUUGUAUUUUUUACAGAAUAUCUCUCUCUCUCUCUCUCUCUCUCUCUCUCUCUCUCUCUCUCUCUCUCUCUCUCUCUCUCUCUGUUUAAAAUUCUGUUUUGCUCUGCUUUGCUGUGUGUGAGCUUAUCUACUGUAAAUCAUCUCAUAUGCUUUUCUUGUGAAUUUCUUUUGUUAUAACUAGAGAGUUUAUAAGAUAAGAGUCUGCAGCAGCAUUUAAUUUCUGUGUAUUGUGCAGUGGUCCUACGGCAAUUGUUCUUUUUUGUGCUGCUUACAGUGUUACUCUUCCUUUUAUAUAUUUGUAGUAUAAA